AUCUCUUAGGCUAUUCUUCUUUGUAAUAGAAAGUGCAUUUUCAGUGUAAUAGAUAUUUUUUUUUUUUUGUAAAAAAUGAAAAUUUGGUAUAAUAAACUUAACAUUUUACUAAGAAAAAAAACUAUAAAUUAAAGAAAGCACUAACCUUUUGGAGCUGACGUAACAAACUAGGCGAGUUGAUCUUGUUCGUGGAUCCAUUCACCACUACUUUUGUUUUUGUUUUCUUUCAUUAAUAGAACAAAAAGGCCUACCACUUUUGUUUCUAUCCCACUUUUUAUCGAUGCUAAAUGGUUUACUAGUCAUGUAAUAUCUGUUGCUCAAAAAAAAAGUCAUGGAAUAUCUUUCAAGAAACCAAGUGUUGCUAGUUCAGCUAGAAGGAUAAAAUAAGAAUUAAUUAUAUGAAAAUCUCAAAAUGUCAAAAUAACUAUUUUAAAAUAUUUAAAUAAACAUUUUUAGAUAUUUCUAGAUGAGUAUCUUAAUAUUAUGAAAUAAUAGUUUAAUUAAUUAUCAUUUUUAUUUAUAGUUGGGUUAUAUAUUCUAAGGUAAGUACUUCCCGAAAGAAAACGUUUUAAAUGUUGCCAGUUCUACUAUAAAUGUAUCUAAAGCAAAGUAUAUAAUUAAAUUAUGUUUUUUUUUAAACUGGCCUAACAAAAAAUAAUAAUGAUUAUAUGAUGUAGUUUCAUUUCUGGGAAAUUACAAAGAAGAUACAUCUCCCAACGACCACAAAAUCCCAAUCCAUAAAUCAUGUUAUCACUCAAUUUCCGGUUUAGCAUGUUUUGUCUAGCUAUUACAUAAUAUCAUUUGGACAUAUUAGCUUUUUGUGGUCCUUGAAAAUAAAUUUUAUUUAUUAAAAUAUAUAAUUAGAUAAGUAUAUUCCUUUCGGCUUCCAUUCUACAAAAAUAAAGAAAUAAAGAUUCAUUUUUCUAACUGAAAAAAAAAACACAGAACUCCAUGUUUACUCUUACUUGCAACAUACUCCCAAAGGUCAGACGACCAACAAUCAUCAGAGCUACAUUGGAGUCGUCUGCUAACUCCAAUACCACCGAUGGCUACCAAAACAUCUUGAUGAUGCGUCACGGUGACCGCAUUGACCAAGUCGACCCACUCUGGCUCGACACAGCUGCUAGACCUUGGGACCCUCCGCUCGUUCACGACGGUAUGGUUCGAGCGUUUCGAACUGGUCAACGUAUUCGAUCUCAGAUACGGUUUACUAUCCACAGGGUCUUCGUCUCUCCCUUCAUCCGCUGCGUCCAGACUGCUUCAGAAGUAGUCAACGCUCUCUCAGCCGUUGAUUUGGACCCUAGCGCUACAACGUCUAAAGACGUCCUCUCCAUCGACAAAUCCAAGCUCAAGGUUUCUAUUGAAUUUGGGUUGAGCGAGAUGCUGAACACAAUAUCUAUCAAGCCUGAGAUUGUCCCCAAAGAUAGAAAAUUCGAGUUCUUGAUUUCAGAUCUUGAAUCUAUGUUUCCUGAGGGAAUGGUGGAUCAUAAUGCGGUUCCAGCUUAUAAAGAGAUGCCACUAUGGGGAGAGACUGUACAAGGAUGUACAGAUCGAUAUCUUAGUGUGGUGAACACUCUUGCUGAUCAGUAUCCUUCAGAGAACUUGCUCUUUGUCACUCACGGGGAAGGAGUAAGGACUACAUUUGCAACCUAUAAAGAAGUAGAGGUGUACGAUAUUGAGUACUGUGCCUGUGCUGAACUGAGAAGACAUGUCUCGAGUCAAGACGGGUCUACUAAAGCUGGACACUUUGAGGUCAUUACAAGUCUUGGUCAAUCGGGAAUCAAGUAUCAUUAACAAAAACAGCAGAGCAUUGAUCAUGUCCUUAAACAAACUCCGGUUUAGUAAAAUGUAUUCGGAAGAUCAUCAUGUCUUUGGAAACUUAACCGGAUACCGGAUAUCUAGAAUUUUCCGGUUAACCUGCCUUGCACUUCAUUACAAAAGGAAAUAUAUAACAAGAACUAUAUUGUAGUCAGUCCAAGAAAAUUAAUAAAAGAUAUAUUAACUCGCUUCA